AUGGAAGCUGGUGAUGAUGAAAAAGGUAGUUCAUACUCCCUCAGAGAAAGGGUUGGAUUGGAUGAGCUUCUUACGCGUGAUGUUUGGCGAGCAUCAUUUGCAGAGCUUUUUGGUGCAGCCGUACUGAUUUUCAUGGUGGACGCGAUUGUAAUUUCAACCCUCGAGACUAACGUCACAAUGCCUAACUUAAUCAUGGGAAUUCUAAUUGGGAUCACCAUUGCUCUUCUAAUGUUAGCUCUUUUCCCUGUUUCCGGCGGCCACCUGAGCCCAAUCAUCUCCAUCUCUGCCGCAUUAGUUGGGCUCAUCUCGCUUUCCCGGGCCUUAGCUUAUCUUUUGGCACAAUGCAUUGGCAGCGUCUUGGGCGCACUGGCAUUCAGAGCCGUUGUCGCCGGAACCAUUGCCGACAAGUUCAGCCUGGGUGGUUGUACGAUCACCGUGGUAACUCCGGGAGCAGAUGGGCCAAUCACCACCGGGCUUGGUACAGCCCAGGCUUUCUGGAUUGAAACCUUUUGUUCGUUUUGUUUACUCAUCAGCGCGGUUUGGGUUGCAUACCAUCCCCAGCUGAGGAAAUCAUUAGGCCUUUUCACGGUGUGCUCGAUAGUCGGUGUCGUGGUAGCUGUUUUGGUGUUUAUAUCGACGACGGUGACCACUAAGAAAGGGUACGCCGGCGCCGGGAUGAAUCCGGCUAGAUGUUUGGCUGCCGCCCUAGUGAGGGGAGGACACCUUUGGGAUGGACACUGGGUGUUUUGGGUUGGUCCAAUCGUCGCUUGCUUCGGGUUCUACUUUUAUACAAAAGUUAUAUCUGAUGAAGAAUUUCAAGCCCAAGGACACAAGUAUGAUUUUCUAGAGAUCAUCAAGGGGUUGAUUGCUUGCAGUAAGAAGGGAAAUGAUGCACAACAUGUAUGA